GCAAGCGGACUACAUUUCCCAAGAUGCCCCUCGCAAAAGGCGCAUGCGCCCGGGGACUGUUUCCGGCGCGGCGGGCGGCCAUUUUGUUUCCCCCCGCUAGUCAAGGGUAUCGGGAGCGGGACUGCGGAGCGGAGGGAUGUUCUUGCCCGUCGCCAGGAGCGCCUGGGGCCUCGCCGCCCGUAGCAUUCAACGUACGGUGGCAAGACAAGCUCACCAUAAACAUGAGCCUGAUUUUCAUGACAAAUACGGCAACAUCUUGCUGCUUGGAGGCACUGUGUCUUGUGCCGCUGUCUGGAUAUAUGCUAUAACACAAAUUGGGAUUGUGUGGAAUCUGUCUCCAGUUGGCCGAGUGACCCCAAAAGAGUGGAGACAGAAAUAGAAGCGGCUUCAUAUAUCUGCCUUUGAAAUAUUGGGAACAACCGUGAGCUUCUCUGCGCAUUUCUGCCAUGCCUCUUAUGGCACAGUUCAUUGUGUUGCCACCUGAGAUGUAAUAAAUGUAUUUAAAACAA